AUGGGGCAAAAAACAUCACAACCUUUGGCUCUGAAGGACAGCAACAAGGUUCUCAGCGUCUGUGAAGUGGUCAGUGGAGCUAUAGUCCAUGCAGCUCAGAAACUGAAGGAGUAUCUUGGAUUUGAAUAUCCUCUGAGUAAACUCUGCCCAGCUGCAAAUACUCUGAAUGAGAUCUUCUUAAUCCACUUCAUCACUUACUGCCAAGAAAGGGGAAUUGAUGAGUGGCUUACUACCACCAAGAUGACUAAGCACCAAGCCUUACUGUUUGGAGCAGACUGGAUUUGGACCUUUUGGGGAUCUGAUAAGCAAAUAAGGCUUCAGCUGGCAGUGCAGACUCUGCAAAUGUCUUCUCUUCCGCUUGUGGAAUCUAAGCCUUGUGACCUCUCCAAUCUAGAAUCAAGAGUAGAGGAGCCUUCCCGGAAGAAGAGUAGAUUUGAUAAGCUGGAAGAAUUCUGUAACUUGAUAGGAGAGGAUUGUCUGGGCCUGUUUAUCAUCUUUGGUGUGCCAGGAGAACCCAAAGACAUCAGAGGAGUUGUUCUGGACAGUGUCAAAAGUCAGAUGAUGAGGGGCCAUCUGGCAGGAGGGAAGGCCAUGGCACAAUUUGUCCUGGAAACUGAAGAUUGUGUCUCCAUCAAAGAGCUGCUUGGAAACUGUCUGAGUAAGAACGAUGGGCUGAGAGAGCUGGGCAAGGUUUACAUUAGCAUCCUCUGA